CACCUCUUCGACUUCUCUGUGACUUCUUUCUCUGCCAUACAUCCGGACUUCAACCGUAAACACAGCCGAGUGCAACAUAUUCGCCAACUCUUUCCUUAUCCGCCCUAUCCUGCAAUAAUCACCUUCGCAGCCCAAUAUUCAGACACUAAGCGCACCUAGCACUUCUCAAUGGUGUCGGUUCAGAAAGAAACUUCUUCGAUCGGCUCAACCAAGGCCGCGCUGCCAUAUGUCGCCACCACUCCUAACUGCUGGUCAAGCGAUACGCCUACGUAUCGGUUUGGCGUGACUGAGGCUAAAGGACCCAGACGCACUAUGGAGGACGCCCACUCGUAUACCGUGGACUAUGCGGGUAUCCAUGGACAAGGUUUCUUCGCAAUAUUCGACGGUCAUGCUGGCAAGGAGGCUGCAGACUGGUGUGGCGAGAACUUUCACAAGCGUCUCCUGCAAGCCAUCCACGAGAAUCCGGAAAUGUCGAUACCUGAUGUCUACAACACGACUUUCCAUGCUGUCGAUCGUGUUCUGUCCAAAAUCUCUGAAGACUCUGACGGCAAAAUGCAUUCGGGAUGUACGGCCGUGACCGCAUUCCUUCGAAUAGAAGACACCGAAGGCCAACAAUCGUUUGCUGAUGCCCUCAGCCUCCCUUCCCCUCCUCUUUCCCCCGCCUCUUCAAUGGACCAGGAUGCCGACAAGGGCCAAGAUGACGCGGAUGAUGUGAAGAAAAGUCCUUCGCCGAGCAAAUUCAAACGGGCCAUCCAGAAACUUAGUCACUCGAGUCCUGCCACGCCGAUAUCUCCUGAAGCCACUCCCCGCUCCCAGUCCCCAAACAACACCAGAGAAGGCGCCGCUUCUGGUGCUCCUCAACGACCACCUCCUGGGCAAUCUCUUCGUAGAGUUCUCUACGUUGCCAACGCCGGCGACGCGCGCGGCGUGUUGUGUCGUGGUGGCAAGGCCCUGCGACUCACCUAUGACCACAAAGGCACAGAUAAACAAGAGGCGAAGCGGAUUAUGGACUCGGGUGGGUUUGUCAUGAGCGGGAGAGUGAAUGGUGUGCUGGCCGUUACACGUAGUCUUGGUGACUCGUCAAUGAAGGACUUCGUCGUUGGAGCACCUUACACCACUGAGACGGAGUUGACCGAGGACGAUGAGUUUUUGAUCUUGGCCUGCGACGGUGUAUGGGACGUGUUGGAUGAUCAGGCUGCCGCCAACCUUAUUCGGACAGAGCAGAACCCCCAGGCAGCGACCGAGACACUUCUCAGGGAGGCUUUGCGACUCUAUACGAACGACAACAUCACGGUGAUGGUCAUCCGAUUCAAGGACGUUCCCGCAGACGCAAAAGGCUCGAGUGUCCCCCUUACACCCACUUCCGAGAUCGGCGACGCCAUGAAUGUUGAUAAAUGAGUAUUGGAGUGGUGAACGGACUUGUGUGUAAUUUAGUGGGUUUGCAGCCCGUCAUCGAUUCAUCUUACGGCUGAGUUUUAUCCCGCCUGGUCUAUCGUGAUGUUUGCAAUUGGGGCUGUACACGAGAUCAUAAGGGCUUCGAAACUAACUGUACUUCAUUUGAUCAUCCUCCGUACACGUUCUUCCAUUGAUACUAGCAAAGCAUGUAAUUGAAACUCCUGCACUGGCCCACUGUAACCUUUU